AGGCUGGUCAACGCGGCUUUUGAUCUAUCAUUGUAUUCUUCGUCUCAUUGGAGGUCUGACAGGCGGUUUGACGGGGGCUCUCACGGGGGCUCUGACUGGAGGUUUGAUAGGGGCUCUGAUUGGAGGUUUGACAGGGGCUCUGACUGGAGGUUUGACAGGGGCUCUGACUGGAGGUUUGACAGGGGCUCUGACUGGAGGUUUGACAGGGGCUCUGACUGGAGGCUUGAUAGGGGCUCUGACAGGAGGUUUGACAGGGGCUCUGACAGGAGGUUUGACCGGGGCUCUGACGGGAGGUUUGACCGGGGCUCUGACGGGAGGUUUGACAGGGGCUCUGACGGGAGGUUUGACAGGAGGUUUGAUAGGGGCUCUGACGGGAGGUUUGACAGGGGCUCUGACGGGAGGCUUGACCGGGGCUUUCGUUGGAGGUCUGACCGGGGCUUUCGAUGGAGGUCUGACAGGGGCUUUCGUUGGAGGUCUGACAGGGGCUUUCGAUGGAGGGCUGACGGGGACACUUGUUGGGACUAGCGCCGGUCCUUUGGUUAGUGAAAUUGAUUCUUUGGCGGGUCCUAAAGUAGGCUGUUGUGUCGGUGCAAUUACAGGAGGAAUGCUUUCUCCAAGAAGUGCAGUACUCACUAGACUGUUCGAAGAACUCGAUAAAUCUGAUAAACGAUCUGUAGCAGCAUCAGCAACUAUUUUCGAUACCGGCCUGCCUGCCUCCAAGUACAAGGCAGCAACUCCGGCAACGUGA